GAUGUGCAUAAAGAGCCACUGCUGAAGACCUAUUACUAUGAGAACUGCCCGGGAUGUAAAACUGAUCAGCUUAAAGCGUUGAAGAGAGGCUUACCUAUUAAGGAACUGGUCUCUAUAUGGAUUGUGGUGCUUUGCACAAGUGACCAAUCGCUUAUCUCUCUCUCUCUCUCUUGUUUGUUUGUUUUUUUUUUUUUUUAUUAUUAUUAUUUUUUUUUUCCCUUAACAAAUUAGGGGAGGGAUUGAAAAGUUACUUGCUCUGUCAGCUAAGUCACUGAGUUAUGCAUGAGUAUUUGCCUCCCAUGUUAGUAUUAUUUUGUAUUUUGACAGCAAUAGGCUGCAUGGUUUUGGAUUGUUAUUGAUAAUAUUUUAUGUCUGUGUGCUUAUUUGUACAUGUGCGUAGAGAACAAAAUUAUCUCCUAUGUUCCUCAUUCACAACAUUUUUGCAAAGUACUUUACUAAUUAGACGGAAUAUGACCACGUUUUUACAAAAGAGGAUUUUAGUCCUUGGUGGGUGGGGGUGCUGAAAACUGUAAUUUUCAGUAAGAAGUAAUUACUAAUUCAAAAGCUGAAAUAGGGGUUAUUUUGUAAGGGAGGUCUAUAAGAAAGUUGAUAUGAGGAAUUAAUCUUUGAUAUGUGCCUAAAACAUGAAAUUAUUGGAUGAAUUGGGUGCCAUAAAGAUGAAAAAUGAUAUAUGUGUGAAGUGCAGCAAUCGGGUGUGGUUGGAAAGAACGAAAUGUUUUUUAAGGGUGCUAAUCAAGUUGCAGGCUAAGACCUAUAAGUGGCUAAGCCCAAUUGGGACAAAGCAGCCAAGUUGCAGGCUAAGACCUAUAAGUGGCUAAGCCCAAUUGGGACAAAGCAGCAAACAUUGGAAAGGAAACUUGUUAUAUUAUAGAUUAUGCAUGCAAUUUUUCUCCACAAAGUGUAUAUUAGAAAUUUGUUAGUGUGAAUAAUACUACAUUGCUGUAGGAGUUUUCUGUUUGUGUCAGAUUUUUCUCCCCUAUUGCACUGCCAAUAUCAUCUCUUUUUCCAUUCCUCUACUUCAUGAUAAGGGAUUUCCAUAUUGCAAAAAGAGAAGAAGACAUCGGUUACUAUGCCGGUUAUGUGGGGUCCUCAUUUAUGCUUGGAAGAGCUUUGACAUCUGUUUUUUGGGGCAUAGUUGCUGAUCGAUAUGGUCGAAAACCAGUUAUUAUUAUGGGAACUUUCACAGUGGUUAUUUUCAACACUCUCUUUGGUCUUAGCGUGAACUUCUGGAUGGCAAUCGCUACAAGGUUUCUUCUUGGAAGCUUUAAUGGUUUACUUGGACCAAUAAAGGCCUAUGCAUCUGAGAUUUUCCGUGAAGAGCACCAAGCUUUAGGACUGUCAACAGUUAGUACUGCAUGGGGUAUAGGUCUGAUCAUUGGCCCAGCUCUGGGAGGCUUCCUUGCCCAGCCUGCAGAGAAAUAUCCAUUUCUGUUUUCGAAAGAUUCUGUUUUUGGGAGAUUUCCUUAUUUCUUACCCUGCCUCAGCAUAUCAGUUUUUGCAUUGAUUGUGACCAUUGCUUCUUGUUGGCUUCCGGAAACUUUGCACAUGCACCAUAAAUCACGUGAUAACUCAGCUGAAGCUCUUGAGGCUGCUUGCUAUGGAUCUAAUGCAAAAGAAAUAGUGCAGGAUAUUGAAGAAAGAGAACCUACUUCUAAAGAAAGCCUGCUCAAGAACUGGCCCUUAAUGUCAUCUAUCAUAGUUUAUUGUGUGUUUUCACUUCAUGAUAUGGCUUAUACAGAGAUAUUCUCAUUAUGGGCUGUGAGCCCCAGAAAGUAUGGGGGCUUGAGCUAUUCAACUGAGAAUGUUGGUGAAGUUCUUGCAAUAUCAGGUUUCGGCCUUUUAGUCUUUCAACUUUCUCUCUAUCCUGUUGUGGAGAGGAUUAUUGGCCCUAUCAUGAUAGCUCGCAUUGCAGGAGUUGUAGCGAUACUUCUUUUGACAAGUUACCACUAUAUAGCCAUGCUAUCUGGAUUCAGCCUCUCAUUGGUGUUAAAUUGCGCAUCUGUGAUGAAGAAUGUUUUAUCCGUGUCCAUUAUAACAGGUUUGUUCAUUCUGCAAAAUAAUGCUGUGGAUCAACACCAAAGGGGCGCUGCUAAUGGCAUUUCUAUGACUGCAACAUCACUUUUUAAAGCAGCCGGUCCAGCUGGAGGAGGAGCACUUUUUUCCUGGGCACAAUCGCGUCUUGAUGCUGCAUUUCUUCCAGGUGACCAGAUGAUAUUCUUCUUCCUGAAUGUAAUUGAGGCAAUUGGAGUGCUGAUGACGUUCAGACCAUUUCUAGCUCAACGAAUGAAUAGAAAAAAUCAAACAUUAUCUUGAACUUCAAGCACCGGUCAGAAUGCAGGUUGCUGGAGUCUCUUCAACAUGAUUCUUUUGCUUAGUCUUUUUUUAUUACAUAUGAUGUAGUGAUAUAAACCAAAGCACUAUUUCUUGAACUACCGGUCAGAAUGCAGGUUGCUAGAGUAUCUUCAACAUGAUUCUUUUGGUUGGUUUAUAUCGUAUGUAAUAAAAAAAAACGGGCUGGUGCACUAAUUGAUCAAAAACAGUGUAUUCUUUCCGAAUGCUUUAGGUCAUUGAAUAAUCUGUAUUUAUGAAAUUAGAAUUGUUUCAUGAGAGACUGUAGGAUUUGAUAUCAAUUAAUUCAUGUUUGUGAAA